GAUCUUCCUCCCAGACCGCAAGGAUGUGAGGCUGGCCAGCCGGACACCGCUCGCCGCACGGGACGGACACGGCGCACUGGCGGGGAGCAAUCCGAGGGGACCCCGGGAGCGGAGUCAGACACCCCCGAAGGAAAGAAAUGAGGUAGCGACCGUCCCCGGAGCCGACCAUGCGCGUGCGUCGCCCUCGGCACCCGGUGCUGCCCGGGUCGAGCAAGCCGGGACAGUGAGCCGGCCCAGCCCCAGUACCCCGCGUCGGGCCGGAGCGAAGAUGCAGUGAGCCACAGCCGGAGUGCUGCGCCGGGCGCACCGCGGCCAGCCGGAACAGCGUGUGACUGCCCUCGGGGCCAGCAGCUGAUUCUGGGACCAGCCGAGCCGAGCUUCUCGGUCUUCAGCACCCCUUGCGGGUGUGGAGCACUGGCCCCUGGGCACACUCGCUAUCGAGUUUCCUCGGCUUCUAGUCUCAGCCCAGGAGAGUGUGAGUGAGUGAGUGAGUGAGUGAGUGUGUGUGUGUGUGUGUGUGUGUGUGAGAGAGAGAGAGAGAGAGAGAGCGAGCGAGCGAGAGCGAGCGAGCGGGGGCCCUUUCCACGUUCGCCCAGGAGUUCCUGCAUAUUCUUGCCCCGUCCCGGCUGCUUUGGCCGGGGUCCCCUCUAUUUGCACGCGCGCAUCUUUUUUUUUUUCCCAUUCACUCUCAUUCGGUCUUUCUCUCCUUUUGGCAGCCUAAGACUCUUAGUCCUUGUCCUUGCCCAGCUUGGGGUAAAUCUGUGCGCGCUUCCCCCCAACCCCCCCCUCCGCAGCUGAAUAUUUUCUUUUCUUUAAAAAAUUUUACCCAUAGCCACUUCGGUGGGGUCCCCGAGCACGCUACUCCCGACCCUCCUCUCUGCCACUGGGCCACUCCCAGCAGACUUUUAUUUUUCUGUCUUGCCCGGGCCGAGCGCGGCCAGGGCGGGUGGCCCAGCGAGGCUCGCACCCGGCGCUCCGCCGCCGCCGCCCAGCUGCGCGGGGGCGCCCUCCGGAGAUGCUGCCGUGGAAGAAGCACAAGUUCGAGCUGCUGGCCGAGGCGCCGCCAAGGCAGGCGUCUAAACCCAAGGGCUACGCGGUGAGCCUGCACUACUCAGCGCUCAGCUCGCUGGCGCGGGCGUGCCCCGAAGGCGCGCUCAGCCGGGUGGGCAGCAUGUUCCGCUCCAAGCGCAAAAAGCUGCACAUCACCAGCGAGGACCCCACUUACACCGUGCUCUACCUGGGCAAUGCCACCACCAUCCAGGCGCGCGGCGACGGCUGCACUGACCUAGCGGUGGGCAAGAUCUGGAGCAAGAGCGAGGCGGGCCGUCAGGGCACCAAGAUGAAGCUGACUGUGAGUGCGCAGGGUAUCCGCAUGGUGCACGCCGAGGAGCGCGCACUGCGCCGCCCGGGCCACCUCUACCUGCUGCACCGCGUUACCUAUUGCGUGGCGGACGCCCGGCUGCCCAAGGUCUUCGCCUGGGUAUACCGGCACGAGCUCAAGCACAAGGCGGUAAUGCUGCGCUGCCACGCGGUGUUGGUGUCCAAGCCCGAGAAAGCGCAGGCCAUGGCCCUGCUGCUCUACCAGACGUCGGCCAACGCACUCGCGGAAUUUAAACGGCUCAAGCGGCGGGACGAUGCGCGUCACCAGCAGCAGGAGCUGGUGGGCGCGCACACCAUCCCGCUAGUGCCGCUGCGCAAACUGCUUCUGCACGGACCCUGCUGCUACAAGCCGCCGGUGGAACGCAGCCGCAGCGCGCCCAAGCUGGGCUCCAUCACCGAGGACUUGCUCGGCGAACAGCAGGAGCAGGAGCUGCAGGAAGAAGAGGAAGAGGAGCACACUGAGGGCUGCCUGGAGGAGGAGGAGGAGGAGGAUCGAGGGGAUGAGGACACGGCAACUGAAGAGGCCAAGGCGCAGCGGGCGCUAGUGGUGGCCAUGCACUUGGAAUGCGGGGACUUGCUGGACACGCUGGAGAGUGGCCGCGAGGAGGCGCUAGGGGGCGGCGGGGACUCGGUGGGCCCCGGGGCCGGGCCGAAGUCUCUGCUGCUGGGCAGCGCCUCUGACGUGAAGUCCGAACUGUCGCAGCUUAUUAAUGACCUUGGCGAGCUCAGCUUCGGCAACGACGUGCGCAGCCUCCAGGCCGACUUGCGGGUGACGCGCCUGCUGUCCGGCGAGAGCACCGGCAGCGAGAGCUCCAUCGAAGGUGGGGGCCUGGACGCCACCUCGGCCACCGCCGGGGACCGGUCGGGCCCUGCGGACAGCGCCGGCCCAGAGGACCCCCACUAGGGCUGAGAUCCCAGCAGCCUCCUGUGCGCGCCCCUAGCGCCCCACCUUGACUCCCCACCAGUCUUUUCGGACAACCUCCUUACCCGGCCGUCCGCCUCGCCUCUUCCCACCGCACUCCUCAUACCCGCAGGAGUGGGGAAAUGGGACCUCUGAGGCCCAGAGUUACUCUGCCCCUUCUCCUUCAGCAUAUUUGCCUCUGUUUGAAGAGGGGCUGAAAUUGCCGGUGGAGAUGUGGGUGGGGGCAAACCCUGCACGGAGGAGAGAGGCAGGGUUCUGGGGUGGGGUGGGGUGGGGGGGGGUGAGGGAAGCGCCCUCUGGUUAGCAAAGUCCUACAGGCAAGAGGUGCCUGCCGGCCAGUUUCCUGUUUGUGGGGCAGCUGGGGCCUGAGGAGGAGGGGUUAAUUUCCUCUCCACCCCACCAACCCUCCGGAAUAUAACAGUAACAGGGAGCGGCCUAGCGCUGUCCUUGACAUGUCAUUAAAAAAAAAUCUGCGCUCACAAUGUUUGAGGCUGUAAAUGCCACCUCCUUGCCCCAGUCGUUUUGGUGUGAGAGCUUGGGUUGUUUACCUCAGAUUCAGACCCUUGAAAUUCUGCCAAAUUCCUCAAAUAAAUGUUUGGGGGUGGGGGGGGUGGAAUGAAAGUUGCAUUUUGUUUACAGUUAAAGACGUCUAAUAUCUGAAAAAGGAGUUUUCCUCUCAAAACACAUACCUUCCUCCUGCUCAAAAGAUCUCCCUCCAUGAUACUGUGUAAAAUAUUUUGCACUGUUGUGAAGUAUUUUUUGACUUUUUUUUGUACAUAACUGUGUUCUCAGAGCUAAACGUUUAUAUCUUUUGCUGUGCAAAAGGGACAUGUAAAAUGUUGUUCAGUUGUACAUACGGAAAUGUGUAUAAAACACUUUGUUAUUUUUAAAGAGUAGCCCUGCUCUGGUCUAUUUGCAUGUCCAGUGGGGAGAGAAUAAAGAGGACAAUGAAACAGAA